AUGGCGGCGGCGCCGGCGGUGUGCGCCUCUCAAGGGCCCCCGCCGGGCGCACCGUCCCCGCCGGCGGGCGCGCCUGUGCCUGCGUCCGGCCUGGGCCGCUGCCGGUUGGCGCUGUUGCUGGCCGUGGCGAUGGACGUGGCGGGCAUGGCGGCGUUGCUGACCGGCGUGUUUGCGCAGUUGCAGGUGCGCGGCCGCGACUUCGGCGACCUGCUCAUCUACUCGGGCGCGCUGCUCGUCUUCCUGAGCCUGCUCGGCUGGAUCCUCUGGUACACCGGCAACAUCGAGAUCUCGCGCCAGGAGCUAGAGCGCGACUACGGCCUGCGGCCCUCGGCGCUCGCCCGCCUCGCGCGAAAGCUCUCCCGCCGCUGGUCGGCGCCGGCUUCCUCCUCCGCCGGCCGGCGCGCCGCCCCCGCCGCCCGCACGCCCCAGCCGCCCGCCGCCGGCUCCCGCCGCGUGCGCCUGCAGCUCGCCGCGCUCGAGGCCGGGCCUGGGGCGGCGUGUGCGGGCAAAGAGUGAG